AUUCGAUACUGCUACACUUGUUCUCUGCUUGAUUUGUCGUGUCUGAGGUAGAUGUAUGACUGACUGAAAGACAACGGUUUUCCCCGGAGGUUUUAGUCUGUAGACCCACCGUGCUCCGACCAGCGUUCCCCACUGCUCGUUCUUCUUAGACUAGAAGUACACGAGCCGCGCGGCUCAAGGUGGGUGGUCUCCGGCAAUUCACUGAUAGUCAAUAUCGGCUACGAUCACGGCCGACCAAUGAGCAGUUUUAACGUAAACUGUGGUGUAUUUCUAAGCGAGCCCACUCCUUUUGGGGAACGAGAGCUGAAUAUAUUAAAAGACUGUUGAUCUGGGAAAAUUAUUUAUCUUCAAAUUAUAUCAUCAAGAAGACUGAAAAUCGAGGGAUUAAAUAGCUUGCUAUCGGGCUAAAGUGUCAUUAAUCGCUCGAGUGAAGCAAAGUCUGUCGCUUUGGACCUUUUCCUCCAGGAAACCUACGUAUGACAAUUUUCCAAUUGGACUUUCGGAAAUGGAAGCAGUGAAAAAGUAUUGGACUUUUGACUUAAUUAUUUGACGGAGACCUUCCGAUGAAGAUUGGUGUCGACUAUGUGUGGGGUCUAAUACCUUUCCUGGUUUGUCGUAAAUAUUUGCUCGGGAGGUAUACACGGUUAAACAUCGAUCUAACCGCAUAGGGAAUACUAACGUGAAACCAAGCGAACUUGUACUCAUCAACUGCGUUCGAUCUGCUUAAUUGAACUCUGAUCACACCUGUGCAUUACCUGAGAAUUGGUUUGUGAAAUCCCUUGCAGAAGAACUGGGAUUUGUUUGUUUAUGCAUAUAUCUCAGCAAGAGAUAUUUUAUACUGUUUGUUUUGCCGUGGGCUAUCUGGGAUAUUUCUUGUGUGUGAGAUACAGUAGUUAUCACACACGAUGAAUGUUCGUGCGACUGUGCUUGUUGUCUUCCUGUGUGGAUGUGCAGUGGUAGCGGCUAGACGGAAGAGAGAAAGAUCAAUACUACGUUUUGCCGACUGUGGUAAAGAAUCAAAUCGCCCAAUCCACUUCUAUGACGUCAAAGCUAGUCCUAUGCCAGUGAUUAUCCCCGGUACUCUCUACGUCAGCUUCACUGGCAACGUCACGGAGGACCUUCCUCGACGGGUUUCCGUCGAGCUCAGCAUCAUGAAGUAUUUCUUUGGGAUUCCCUUCAUGAUCCCCUGCUUUGAUAACCACAUCGGGUCCUGCACGUAUGAUAAUAUAUGCCACCGCCUGGAGAAGUAUGAGCACUCCGGGUGUCCGAAGACGUUACGGUCGUAUAACGUGCAGUGCCAUUGCCCCUUCCAGGCCGGGGACUUCACGGUGGCCAGGGUGCCGGUCAAUGUUCCAAAAAUAAACGGCUUUGCUGGCGCUCUAAUAAAUGGAGACUAUGAACUUGUAUUGAGCAUCUUGGAUGAAAACAGGUCGCAACUUGGAUGUCUGGAGUUGAAAUUUUCCAUGAAGAAGCGGCAUCGGGGGUGGCUGUUUAAGAUCUGAAAAAUAUACAAACAGUGGCUCAUUCUGCUACAUGUAGGCCAACUGGCCCGACAAGGAACGAAACAAUCGUCUGCGCAUGCUUGGAGGGGCCGAGUGAGCGGAAGUUACUCCGCAGUGAAUAAUUUCGUCCAAUCGCAGAUCCGUUCACAGUUCAAUUUCCUGCGGAACACGUGUGCCAUGGCCCAAUGGAUGUAAAUAUCAACUUCCUCUCAGGACCGUGUUUGUGUUAAAAGUGUUGAGUGAUGGACUGAUAACACGACUCGUGGUGAGGAAACGGUUGCAUAUGUCGCUGUUGUGUGAGUGAACAGCCUGCGUUAAACGCGUGCCUUAUAUGUUUUACUAACGCCGCCGAUCAACCCGUCUUCAGAACUGUGUUGUUUGUGAUGCCUAUAGCCAAAUCGGUUGUAUAUUUGAAAUGUUGUAAUAUAAUGUGUAUUAUACGUAUGUUUUUGUUACCCCCACUGCCAAAACUAACCACACAAGAGUGAUCUUGCCCAGGCGACAAGAUCCUGCUAUCUCCGAUAUGUUUUCGGGACCUGGGGAGAUGUUUUUAAUGGUUGUAUUAAAUGUCAGAGACGCGUGUUUAAACACAAACAUCGAUCUAUCUUCCUGUUGCAUAUCAAGUGCUGUCUCUUCUCAGACUUGAGAGAACUCUUGGCCAUUUUACAGGCGCUUCAUGCGCUAUUAACACGAUGUUAUUGAUUGGGAGUUGGGGACGUUUACAUGAAAACAAUUUUGAUUUGUAUGAUUUCAGAUGUCGGAAAUCCAUGAAAACAGAAUUGAAGUAAAAGUUUAAAUGGUUUUAACGACCACAUAACUUACAUAUUUUAAUAUGUAUUGAUGUUUUCAACAAGUUCGAAAUGUAUUGACGUUUAAAACAAAUCCGUACCAGAAGUUUUUUCAAUGAAAUACAAAAUAUGGUGACUCGUUUUAACUGAAUUCAUUACCCAAAGGUGCCAUACGUUUAAGUGUGUUUUCAACAGGAUCGGGGAACAUCCCCCCUGUGCAAUGUAAGGGCGUAAUGUUUCAGACACUUCACAAUCGCUGUCAAUCGCUUAAUUUACAAUCUUAUCAGCUUUUUCACUACUCCAGUGACGGUUUAACUUUAUUCAGUACGUUAAAUAACAUAAUGUGUUGAUUGGACAAAUUUGAAUGAUAACUUAGUGUGGAAUAGUCGUCGCGUGGUACAGCGGGAUAUAAUUUUUGAAAAGUGCUAAAUCAGGCCUACCAAAGAAAACAAUUUGUUAGGUCUCUAAAUACUUAGUGUAAUGACACAUAUGCUCAGUACUCGUGUUGAUUUCCUUGAGUGUAAUAGCCUCUGUGUUAAAGGACAAUAUCCAGCUGUACCCAAUGGACGAUAUUACGAGGAUCUAUGGACGUUCGUAAAAUGUUUACAUUCAUUGUGGGGUUAAACGAACAGGUUUUAUUAAAAUGUGUAGAACUAGACACAUGAUAUGUUUACUUCCUACUAAAAACAAAAUAACUAUAACUAUAAACAAAAUAACUAU